AUGUGGCGAGCACCGGUCGCGUGUCGGCCGGCUGAGGAGCAAGCGGGCGCCGGUAGAGGCCUGAGGGGAGGACGCACAUGGCCCGCGGCGGCGCUAACAGCGGGCGGAGGGGCGGCCCCGGGGCGCGGUACCUGCGGUCGGGCGGCAGCUGCUGCUUCCGCGAGCCUCCUUUGGCCGGCCGGGAGCCUGGCCGUGCCCUCGCCCGGGUCCUCGCCCACCUCUCUCCCGGCUCUUUUCCCUCUUUUCCCCCGCUUUUCCUUUCCUCAUCGGGAGCUCCAAAAUGGCGGCGUUGGGAACAGAUCACGUGAGCCCCGGGCAGGUCAGGUGACCCGAGUGGCGGGCGGCGGGGGCGGGGCGAUGCUCAGGCCCCGCCCACUGGCAUCCCGGGGGCGCUUGGCUGGGCCGGCGCGAAGACUGUAUCCUGCCUUCUCAGUGCAAUGCCCGGCACCUAGGCCGAGUUCAUGUGCGGGUUGUCGCGUUUCCAAUACCCCUGACGUUGUCUUCUCAGUGGUCGUUGGGUCUAGAAGUCACUCCUCUGGAGGUGAUAGACUAGGAGAAGCCGCCAGCCAGCAGCAUCACUGGCUGGCUGGGAGUUCCACCUCUCCCUUCCUUAAGACCUCAGUAAAUGGACAGCCACGGAUGUGCCUUUCAGAUCAUGUUUUAAAACCUUCCCCGUCUGGCGUUGGGAACGCAGCCGCGGCUUGGUGGUGGAUAGCAAGAGGCAAAGGCUCGGGGGAUGGAUGUGAAUCAGUCAGACCAGCUUCCUUCUCCUGGGACGGGGCUCAGUGUUUUCUGACCGGCUUGCAAGGUGGGAGAGAACAGCACAUGCCUGUAUACCCUGCUGUGGAAAGAACCAGAAAAGCUGAAAGAAAACCUGUGAGGCCAGAAGCUGGGAUGUGGGAAGGCUUGAGAAGGGUGCAGGAGGUCAAAGCCAGGAAAGGGGCUGCUGCUUCUCCUGCAACCCCAAGAAAUCGAAUAGUUCGUGUGGGCUCCCCUGGACCAUCAAGGACAAUCUACCUGCAUCUCCAGAGUUUGCAGCCUUCAUCACAUCUGCAGAGUCCCUUUUUCUAUAAUGAAGACCCUGAGCAUGGGAACUCUACGUGGCAUUCACUCUGUCUCUCCCCAGGACCCGGACCCAUGCCUGGCAUCCUCAGUUGAGUGAAUGAAUGUGCCCACCGUACACCGGGUUAUUUUCCCCAAGACAUUGUUUGACACAGCAGGAAAACUGCAGAUAAGAAACUCAACCCUGUCAGAAAGCAGAAGGAUUUGUUUGGGAAAAUGAAACAAAAUAUAUUUUUAAGCUGCAUAAACAUAUGAUGAAUGCUAACAAGGUGUUUUCAAAAUAAGAAGCACAUAGAAACAGCUUAUGUUUCUGGUCAAAUGAAGUUGUAAUCAAAUCGUUAUCAAAGCAAAAGAAAAAAAAAAGAAACCAAAAUGACUCAGAAGAGUUUUUUGGAAAGAUUCGGCAACUUGACUGACGUGAAGAGGUUUUCCUUGUUAAGUCUUGUUGCUUCUGCCAGGGGGACAUAAUUUGUUCGGAGAAGCAGGGUGAUGUCUCAGCCCACUGGCACUCUGGAGGGACAAAGAAACAGCGCCUGCCGUUUGCCUUGCUCUCGCUCUCAGGCCGAUAGAACUUCCGCACAAAGGUUUGUCUGGGAGGCUGUGCUUUCCUGUCCAGACCAGCAGAAACAGCUUACCAGCAGAAAUGCUUAAUGACUGAGCCCCCGGACUGGGGGAGUCACAUGGCUGCAGCUUUGUUCCUAAGAAGCCAGCCAAUUAGCAGUCCUGGUUAUUAUUUACAUUUCAUGCAAUAUAUCACUAAAACUGUGUUGAUGAUUUAUCAUUUAUAUUAUGGUAUUGUCAGCAUAAUUUAUUCAGAUCAUGCUGAGAUACCUGCAAAAUUAAGUAAAAGAAAAAGAAAUGGCAUUGAAUCCAAAGAUAUUUCUUAGCUUCCCUCUCUCUCUCAAUGAGGGUAUUUGUUAAGAAAAAUCAUGGAUCACUUAGCUAUUAAAUUGUUCCAGGAUCAUCUGCAUUAAAAGUUUCCUCGGUGUUCUUUUUUUUUUGGAGGAUGACCUGGGAUUUCAUUUGAUUUUCUUCUGCAUCAUUUGCGUUCAUCCUACUGUUUCAAAUAAAACAAACAAACCAACAAAACCAAGUAAAAGCAGUUGUCUUUAAAGUUAUGUGGAUUAAUAUGAGACUGGGGGAUUCUCUUUCAAUUUAUAAAAAGUCCUUAUCUUCUAUCUUAUUUCUAUUUGCCCCAGCCUCUGGGAAAUAUUUGUAGCUUAUCAGAGUGCGAGAUAAAAUAUUCUGGUUGUUGAAGCCAUGAAUCAUCUAGGCAUUAUAGGAAAACCAUCACUGAGCUAGAGGCAGGGUUUUGGGUGUCAGAGCCCUGGGUUCUAGUCCUGCCCGGCCUGCAUAUCCCACACUGGGAAUCACUGUAGCUUUUGGUUCCUAAUGAGUGGGUGUGGGGUUUCUCAGAGUGUGAUUGGUGGACCUCCAGCACUGUGCUUAUGGGGUCUGCCCCAGCCUGUGGAAGGAGGAUGUCUGGAAAGGCACAUGGGGUCUUUAGGACAAGUGUCACAUAUGAUUCUAGCGUAUUCCUAUACUAUACACGUUAUGCUAUACUAUACACGUAUUACCAGGACAUUCCUGUACUAUAUACAUGAUACUAUACAUAUUCUAUGCAUGUACUAUACUAGACAAGUGAUAGUAUGCAUAUACUAUAUUAUAUUAUACUAGACACAUGAUACUAUGCAUAUACUGUAUUAUACUAUACUAUACACGAUACCAGGAUAUUCCUAUAUCAUACACAUGAUACUAUACAUAUUCUGUACAUAUAAUGUACUAUACUAGACACGUGGCAGUAUACAUAUACUAUAUUAUACUAUCUUAUACUCUGCUCUACUCAUGAUACCAGGACAUUCCUAUACACAUGAUACUGGGAUAGCCCUAUGGUCCUUGCCAGCUCCGAUCUUCCUAGACUUCUAAAUACUCUGACUGUAUGGUGUGUUUUGCAUAUUCCUGAAGCUUUGUAUAAGAAAUAACUUCUGCUGAUGGGUUCUUAUUUAAAAAGCUUCAUGGGGUCUUGAUACUACAGAAUGCUCUGAAAUGAAUUAUUUAUGGCAUGAAUUGUCCUCCAUCAGUCCCUUCCGCACUUGUCGCCGAUGGAUUAAUUUUGAGUUUUCUUCAAGUGAGGCCCCCACGUG